UUUCCUCAUAAAAUGGCGGCCUAAAUUGGCAAUACGACAUCGUUUGUGAAUCACCCGCGAUAAAAACUAUGAAGUUCUUUUUUCUUGGCGACUUCAACUCUAUAGACCAAAACCCGACUCAGCUGUGUGCCGGUAACUCAGUACUUUGAUUCUCUCUCUUUUUUCACCGAAGAAAGAAAAAGAGAAAUAUCGUACGGAAGUCUAGGGUUUUGCCGACGGUGAUCGACUUGUAAGAUGACGAGUCCGGUAACGCCGGGUACUAGUAGGGCGUUGUCGAUAACGCCGAGGUCUAGGGUUUUGAAGACUCCUCUUAGUGAUGAAACGAUCUGGAAACGACUCAAGGAAGCUGGAUUCGAUGAGGAAUCGAUCAAGAAGAGAGAUAAAGCUGCUCUUAUUGCUUAUAUUGCUAAGCUUGAAGCUGAGCUCUUUGACCACCAACACCAGAUGGGCCUUCUUAUAUUGGAAAGAAAGGAGUUGGCUCCCAAGUAUGAACAAAUUAAAGCCUCUGCUGAAGCAAGUGAUAUAAUGCAUAAACGGGAUAUGGCUGCACGUGUAUCUGCUCUUGCAGAAGCUAAAAAGCGAGAGGAUAGUUUGAAAAAAGCUUUGGGAGUCGAGAAAGAAUGCAUAGCAAGUAUUGAGAAGGCUUUGCAUGAGAUGCGUGCAGAAUCUGCUGAAGCCAAGGUUGCAGCUGAAAGUGGACUAGCUGAAGCGCGUAUUAUGAUAGAGGAUGCUCAGAAGAAGUUUGCAGAGGCUGAGGCAAAGUUUCAGGCUGCAAAGUCUUUACAAACAGAAGCUAGCCUCCUUCAACGGUCUGCUAAGAGAAAGCUUCAAGAAGUUGAAGCACGUGAAGAUGACCUUAAUAGGCGUAUUGUAUUGUUCAAAAACGAUUGUGAUGCAAAAGAGAAAGAGAUCAUUCUUGAACGGCAAUUACUGAGUGAGAGGCAGAGGAUUGUACAACAAGAACAUGAAAGACUACUAGAUGGACAAGCUUCCUUGAAUCAGAGAGAGGAGUAUAUUUUUAGUGGAACUCAAGAACUAAAUCGACUUGAGAAGGAGUUGGAAGCUUCAAGAGUGGAUAUUGAAAAGGAGCGCAGAGGUUUGAAGGAUGAGAAAUCUAACCUUGAGUUGACUUUAGCUUCUCUGUCAAAAAGAGAGGAGGCUGUUAUUGAACGAGAAGCUAAGCUUAGCAAGAAAGAGCAACAACUGCUCGUUUCUCAAGAGAAACUUGCAAACAAGGAAUCUGAUGAAAUUCGCAAGGUCAUUGCUAGUCAUGAAACUGAAUUGAGAACCAGAAAAUCUGAGUUUGAGGCUGAGCUUGAGAUCAAGCGCAAAAUUGCAGAGGAUGAGAUUGAAAUGAAGAGACGGGCUUGGGAGUUGAAGGAGAUGGAUAUCAAUCUUAGGGAGGACCAAAUUUGUGAAAGAGAACAUGAUUUUGAGGUUCAAUCAAGGAUGUUAGCCGAUAAAGAGAAGGAUGUGGCUGAGAAGUCAAAUCUCAUAGAUGUGAGAGAAAAAAAUGUGAGUGCUUCUGAAAAGGAACUUGAGUUGAAGCAAGCUCUUUUAGAAGAAGAAAAGGAUAAGAUAAGUAAAAUAAAACUAGAGCUUCAGAAGUCAUUGUCUUCAUUGGAAGAUAAGAGAAACCAAGUUGAUUGUGUGAAGGAGAAACUGGAAGCCAUGAGAAGUGAGACACAUGAAUUAUCAACCUUGGAAUUAAAACUCAAGGAAGAACUUGAUUUGGUUAGGGCUCAAAAAUUGGAGCUCAUGGCUGAUGCAGAUAGAUUGCAAGUAGAGAAGGCAAAAUUUGAAACUGAGUGGGAGUUGAUUGAUGAGAAAAGAGAAGAGCUGCGGAAGGAAGCAGUGCGUGUUAGUGAGGAGAGAGAAGCAGUUUUGAAGUUUCUCAAGGAUGAGCGUGAUAGCUUGAGAAGAGAGCGCGAUGUGAUGCGAGAGCAGCAUAACAAGGAAGUUGAAUCAUUGAAUCGUGAGAGAGAAGACUUCAUGAAAAAGAUGGUGAUUGAGCAUUCUGAUUGGUUCAACAAGAUUCAACAGGAGCGUGCUGAUUUCUUGCUGGGAAUUGAAACCCAAAAGAGGGAGCUGGAGAACUGCAUUGAGAAAAGGCGUGAAGAAUUAGAAAGUUCUUUGAAGGAAAGAGAGGAAGCUUUUGAGCGAGAAAAGAAAAAUCAACUUCAGCAUAUUAAUGCUCUGAAGGAAAGAGCAGAGAAAGAGUUGGAACAAGCUACUUUAGAAAUGAAAAGGCUUGAUGCUGAGAGAAUAGAGAUCCAGUUGGAUCGUGAGCGAAGGGAAAGGGAAUGGGCGGAGUUGAACAAGUCCAUUGAGGAGCUUAAGGUGCAAAGGCACAAAUUGAAGCAACAGAGGGAACUAUUGCAUGCUGAUAGAAAAGAGAUACAUGCUGAGAUCGAAGAGCUAAAAAGGUUGGGGGACUUGAAAGCUGCCGUGGAUAAUAUGACAGUGGCUCAAAUGCAACGUUCUAUUGUAGAGCGUAGCUGGAAGAAAGCAUCUGAAAGAAAGAAUCUGAAACAGCUAACUGUCAUGCAAAAUGCUGGAUCAGAUUCAGAUAAAAAUAGGAUUGUUGCUGACAAUGUCAAUGGAUUCAGCUCUCCAAUGUCAAAACCAGAUAGUGCUUCUCCUCCUAGCUCUGCCCCUUUUUCUUGGAUCAAGCGCUGCAGCGAAUUGAUAUUCAAACAUACCCCUGACAAGGCCCAAAUGAAGCCUGAAGAAAGAUCUUUGAUAUCUGACCAUGGAGAUGUGUGUUUGAUGUCAGUUGGAGAGUUGGUUUCAAACGAUGGGUGUGACAGGCAAAAAUACAAGCGACAUGAGAGAAAGCCUUUGGGAUUUGAUGGGGAACCAAAAGUGAUAGUGGAAGUGCACUCUGAAGAUCAGGUGGUCAAGGGAAUUCACAAUUUGGAAUCCGAAAUUGAGAAAAAUGAUGCUGAAAAGUCUUCUCUUGUUUCUGAACAAGGGGUUCAAGCUGGAAGGAAAAGAAGAGUUGACAACUUACCUUCACAUGGCACUAAGAAAAGAAGGCAAAAGAAAGAUGCUUCUGUAAUUGAAGAAGAGGAUAAUACUCACAGUGUAAAUAUAACUGAUCUAAAUGCAUCACUGGAUCAGUGUGCAUUAAUGUCAUACAGUCAGAGUCAAGGAGGGGCUGAUGAGACCAAUGUGCCGAUCGUUGAUAAAAUAAUUAAGAUUUCAGAAGUAACCUAUGAAAAAAAGACUGUGGAUGAUGAUUCUUCGAAUUUAGAAAAUAUGGAUAUUGUUGCAGAAUCAGUGCAGGAUGUUCCUCAAAGUGGAGGAAUGUGUAGUCAUGCAAGUGCUGCCGGGGAGAAUGGUGGAUCUGGGGAACCAGUAACAUUGCAAGAAGCACAUUUGGGGAAUGUUUCUCAAGCCACCAAGCCCUGUCAGCCAAUGGAAGACAUGUCAGAAAGAGGCAAACAAAAGCUUGAAGACAACGUUGCUCCCAAACCAGAUGAAAAUGAGAAUAUUGGAAUGAGGACAAGGUCAAAGCAGAAGUAGUAGAAAUAUAGUUUCUUUUUAGGUGCUACAGUUAAUUGAUGUAUUAACCAUUUUGCACAAAGAAUAGCAGAAGUUGAUAUUAUAUACUUGAAAGGAACCAAUUUGCCUUGCAGUAACUAAAUGCAGACAGUUUUUACUAACUCGUAUCUUGUUCAAAGCUUGUAAAUGCUUAUCCAUCCUCUUUCUUUUGGUGUGGGCUUGUUUAGUAGUUGGUUUCUAAUAUUCCUAGUUUCAUAGGGUGGUGUGAUAGGUUUUGUUGGGAGUGUCUUGUGUUGCUUUAUGGCUGAUAUGAUGACAAAAUCGGAUAGAUUUUGCCGUAGGUGUUUCAAAGUCUAGAGGCAUGGUGUGGUGUUGGAAAUUGAUUCGGGUGGGAUGCUUUUGUUUACCCCCGAACAACCCUGAAUGACAUAGCCAGUGACGAAAUAUGGUUUGCUUCAUUGAGAGCUCAUUCAACCCUGAACAUAUAAACUUGUGAUUUUAUUUGAGUUGAUCAUGCUGUGUUGUUUU